CGUCAUUCGGCGGCGGUCUCGAGAUGACAAGAGUGUUUUUAGUCUAAUUUAACAUGAUAUUUAAUGUCACAUCAAUUAGAGUUAAUGUUGAGGUAAACUUUAAUUUUAAUCGUAAUCAUCGACUCAGGAAGCGGAAGAGCGCGGAAAAUCGACCAGUGAUCGGUUAUUGAUCGUCAUGCCGCCCAUCGAGAAUGACGCGGGACGCGAGCAGAUCCGAUCGAAGAUCAAAGAGCUGAUCGAUUGUCAUCAAGUGCUGGUGUUCAGCAAGAGUUACUGUCCCUACUGCGUCAAGGUGAAGGAGCUCUUUAAAGAGCUGAAUGUCAAGUGUAAUGCAGUAGAGCUGGAUCUGAUGGAGGACGGGACCAACUACCAGGAUUUGCUGCAUGAGAUGACGGGGCAGAAAACCGUCCCCAACGUCUUCAUCAACAAGAAACACAUCGGAGGCUGUGACAACACCAUGAAGGCACACAAGGAUGGCGACCUGCAGAAGCUGCUUGGUGAAAGCAGCGAGGCGUACGACUAUGAUCUGAUCGUCAUCGGCGGUGGUUCUGGAGGUCUGGCCUGCUCAAAGGAAGCGGCUGCCUUGGGGAAGAAGGUCAUGGUUCUGGAUUAUGUUGUUCCCACACCGAAGGGCACAUCCUGGGGUCUGGGUGGCACGUGUGUGAACGUGGGCUGUAUUCCCAAGAAACUGAUGCAUCAGACGGCUCUGCUGGGGACCGCCUUGGAGGACGCACGCAAGUUCGGCUGGGAGUUCAGUGAUCAGGUGACUCACAGCUGGGAGACGAUGAGGAGCACGGUGAAUAACUACAUCGGUUCACUGAACUGGGGCUACAGAGUUUCCCUACGAGACAAAAACGUCAAUUACGUCAACGCUUACGCUGAGUUUGUGGAGCCGCACAAGAUCAAGGCCACAAACAAGCGCGGUAAAGAGAUGUUCUACACUGCUGCUAAGUUUGUGCUGGCGACGGGAGAGAGACCUCGUUAUCUGGGCGUCCCAGGAGACAAAGAGUACUGCAUCACCAGCGAUGACCUGUUCUCGUUGCCCUACUGUCCCGGGAAGACUCUGGUCAUCGGGGCGUCGUAUGUGGCUCUGGAGUGCGGGGGGUUUCUGGCCGGUUUGGGGCUGGACGUGACCAUCAUGGUGCGCUCUAUUCUCCUGCGAGGAUUCGAUCAGGACAUGGCCAACCGUGCGGGAGAUCACAUGGAGACACACGGGGUCAAAUUCCUCAGGAAGUUUGUUCCUACCAAGAUCGAGCAGCUGGAAGCUGGAAGUCCCGGCCGACUUAAAGUGACGGCCAAAUCAACCGAGAGUGAUGAAGUCUUUGAAGGGGAAUACAACACUGUGUUGAUCGCAGUCGGUCGAGACGCCUGCACAGGAAAGAUCGGUCUGGACAAAGCUGGAGUUAAAGUCAAUGCCAAGAACGGGAAGAUCCCGGUGAACGAUGAGGAGCAGACCAGCGUUCCUCACAUCUAUGCCAUUGGAGACAUCCUGGAGGGGAAGUGGGAGCUGACUCCUGUGGCCAUUCAGGCCGGGAAGCUUCUGGCUCGCCGACUGUUCGCUGGAGCAUCUCUGAAGUGCGAUUAUGUGAAUGUUCCCACCACGGUCUUCACUUCGAUGGAGUACGGCAGCUGUGGUUAUCCCGAGGAGAAGGCCGUCGAGAUCUACGGCCAGGAGAACCUUGAGAUCUAUCACAGUCUGUUCUGGCCUCUGGAGUUCACCGUCCCCGGCCGGGACAACAACCGGUGCUACGCCAAGAUCAUCUGCAAUAAACUGGACAACGAUCGUGUGAUCGGCUUCCACUAUCUGGGUCCUAACGCUGGAGAGGUCACUCAGGGCUUCGGAGCCGCCAUGAAAUGUGGAAUCACCAAAGACCAGCUGGACAACACCAUCGGGAUUCACCCGACGUGUGCUGAGAUCUUCACCACCAUGGAGGUCACCAAGAGCUCGGGCGGAGACAUCACUCAGUCCGGCUGCUGAGGUUAAACCCUGCUCGUUUAACAGGCUGUCAGGACUAGUUUAAUCUGGUUUAUUCUAGUGAUUUAUCCAUCUCCUCUUGGUAUAAACACACUUGAGUCUCUUUAAAUAAUCUCAGGUCAUCAGAAGGCUUUUGUCUAACUGUUGUUCCUCAUAAAUGUCACCCUUUACAAACCAUGUGAUCGUUUCCACAUGUGCUGGAAGUGCAUUUUGUGGGCGGAGUCUGGGAGCAGCAGUAAGAGGCGGGGCUUCACUUGUUAAGAGACCAGUGAUUGGAGGAGAUGAUGAUGAUUGACAGCCUGUCAGACAGCGGGGUUACUCUGCUUUAACUGAUUGUCUGAGUCAGAAAUGUCCCAGAUGUGUCUGUGCUUUACACUAUUAUUAUUAUUUUUUUUCUUGCACAUGCAUGUUUGGUGCUCUGUGACGUUUUAACCCUUACCCCACGCUCAAUGGCGGGUUACGACUGAUGUUUUCUGCACUUGGACUUUAAAGUGAUAAACACUUAUCAACUACACUGAUCUUUGGCCUUUGGCUCACGAGGGCCACAUAUUUUCUUUUCUUGUGGUUGUAGGAGUCUAUUUUUCUAUAUUUAAUAGUAUUUUGUCAUCAGCUGCUCCGCAGGGCGUUAUCUUUCCACCUCAGGAUCAUAUUAAGACAGAUUUCACUUCCUGCUGUCAUGAUUUUCUGAUAUAGUGACAAAUAACGGAGACGUGAUUGAAGCGCGAACCAAAAGCAGCAUGUAGAUUCUUCCUCAAAGUAUUUAAACUAAGAACAAGAAGCACUUAGAAAUAUAAAUAAAAUGUGUAUGUUCAUAUUUUUAUAAAUAUGUCGCUGCAUUACAUGUAUAAGUAUGAAGGUUUCAUUCAAAUAUAAAUGCAUGUCUGUUUGAGUUUUGCUGUUUAUUUGCUCUGUGGAUUAUAUUCUCCUUUCGUCUCUCAUUCACUCUCUUCUGCUUUCUAAGGAUUGUGGGUCAAAGUUAUUUUACUGUCACUCAGCGCCUGAUGAAUGUACAA